CACGCACACGCGCGCACACACACACACACACACACACACACACUUACACUUACACUUACAUUGCGCGCGCGCACACACUUACAUUGUACACACUGCAUUUACAGCUCGAGUGCUUUCUUUUUAAGCCCAUGUGAAGAAGAAGAAGAAGAAGAAGGAGAAGAAGAAGAAGGUGCUUUACGGACUAGCCUUUUUAACCUAUUUAUUUGAACUUUGGUGAAGCUUUUUGAUUGGACAGGGACCGGCAAGAAAGACAAGCGAUUAGACACAGACAAAACGAGGUAUUUGGUGGUGGAUCUACAAAUGUUUGUGCAGUACUGGAGUUAAUACACAGCAGCUCACACAAAUACAUGUAUCAGGAGUACACAGGGAAAGUGAAUGAAGCUCGAGGGCUGGAAUUGUCUCUUGUCGCUCCACAAGUCCGCCUUCUUUAACCCUGACCGCAUGAUGGUUGGCUCCAAAGGCCAGUGGGGUAUCGAUGACUAGGUCUAAAUGGGAGGGCUUCUGGACAAAGCCAGCCUUCUAUUAUGGCUGCUUAUGCCAUGAACUGCCUACUCACGAUGAACCCUAAUAACCUGACUGAGAAGAGCAGCCCUCGGACUGGAAGGCCGGUGCUUCCAGUGCCGGACCGAUCCACAUACAGCCCACGGAUGGGAAAGAACAGCGGUUCUCACAGCCCGGGCAGCUUGAGCCCUAGUUCUUCUAGCACAUCUUUUGUCUUUCCCUCUGGUGUAACCAGCACAAACAACUCCAGAACGCGUUCCCCAUGUCGCUCGCCUGACCUGUUGGGGGUGAACGUGGGCACCCGGGUGCGCAGGCUGAGUGGGACAGACCCUGAGGAUGAGCAGGAGGAGGAAGAGAGGCGUGCUGCUCAGCAGCUCCAGCGCAGCAAGGAACUCCAGAAUGUAGAGGUGAACAAGAAGGUUUAUCUUUUUGAGGCUCAUAUUUCAGCACAGGCCCAGAACAGGGAGCUACAGCGCAGCCCUCGGAUUUCCAGGAGACUGGGCACUGUACAGAAUUCUGCCCCAGUACCUCAGCUGGACAAGCCCAACUCUAUCUCUGAUAUAAACAGUACGGAUGACUGGACUGUCCCUCAGCAGCUGCAGAACGGGAAGAACUCCCGAGGGCUGGAGCAACACGGAGAAAAAAACAAUACAGUUAAUACAAACAACCAAGAUAGUAACCUGCAGGGAAACAAAUCAGCUGACAGGUUGAUUAACAGUUUCUUCAUAUCACAAGGGACCAGCAGCGACUCGACUUUCACUAAGCUAACAGACACGACUGAGGACAGAGCUCAGUUUCAGGUAGAUGCUGAGGACCGGGGAGCCAUCCCUGCCGUCAUAGUUACAGACCACGGAAUAGAUGCUGGCGGAGAGGGCCAGGAGCCUCAGGUCAGCCCACAAUCCUCACAAACCCUGCGAAAGCUCUCCUCUUCGUCUGCCUCUUCCACUGGCUUCUCCUCCUGGGAGGAAUCAGAGGAAGACCUCUCCAGUGACCCGGAACGUACACCUGCCUUCCUCCAGACGCAGCAGAAAGCACAUAAGUCAUGGAAGAAGAUCAAGAACAUGGUGCAGUGGUCUCCAUUUUUAACGUCCUUCAAAAAGAAGUAUCCGUGGAUUCAGUUAGCCGGCCAUGCAGGUAAUUUCAAGGCCGGAGCCUACGGCUGCAUCCUGAAGAAGCACUGUGAGUGCGAGCAGCGCUGUUUGAUCCGGUUGAUGAACGACAUGCUAAAGCCGUAUGUCCCAGCCUACCACGGUGAUGUGGAGAAGGAUGGUGAGAAGUACAACCAGAUGGAGGAUCUGCUGGCCGAGUUUGAGACGCCCUGCGUCAUGGAUUGCAAGAUGGGCGUCAGGACAUAUCUAGAAGAAGAGCUGACGAAAGCCAGGAAGAAGCCGACUCAGAGACCCGAUAUGUACCAGAAGAUGAUUGAAGUAGAUGAAGAUGCCCCCACACCGGAGGAACGUGAGCAGAAAGCAGUUACCAAACCACGCUACAUGCAGUGGAGAGAGACCAUCAGCUCCACAGCCACACUGGGCUUUCGAAUCGAAGGCAUCAAGAAGGAAGACGGGACAGUUAACAGAGACUUUAAAAAGACCAAGACUCGGGAACAACUGACUGCGGCUUUCCAAGAUUUUCUCAAAGGAAACAGGAAUAUCCUGGCUAAAUAUCUCAUCCGGCUUCAGGAAAUCAAGGAAACUCUGGAACUGUCACCAUUUUUUCAGACACAUGAGGUGAUCGGCAGCUCUCUACUCUUCGUCCAUGACAAGCACGAGAAGGCGAAGGUGUGGAUGAUAGACUUUGGCAAAACCACACCGCUGCCUGAAGGCCAGACCCUGAACCACCGUACCCCAUGGGUGGAGGGCAACCGUGAAGACGGCUACCUCUAUGGACUCGACCACCUCAUAGACAUUCUUAGCAACAUGGCCAUGUAAAAAAAAAAAAAAAAGGAGAUUGCUGUGUUCCAAUACUGCUUUUAAUGCGCCUUUGUUGACUUCCCUCCCUUGACUGUUUUACUUCUCGGUGAUAUGUAAUCGAUCUUGUUUAUUAGGUCCCUUUUAAGGACUGAGCACCAGCAAGCGGUUAUGAUUGUUUGUAGAA